AUGUUCAUCAAUUCUGAUCUUGAUGAAAUAACAUCACUCAAGAAGUGCUUUGUUGACAAGUUUGCAUCUACACCAUCUGAAAGUGACAAUGCUGGCUCAUAUAUGAUAUCAUCUGCUGAGGAUGAGUUUCUGAACAACACUGGUUUUGUUUUGUCAGCUUAUCUCAGUACCAUUCAAAAGCCCAAGAAGGUCAUUUUAGUUGGUACAGUAAUCGGGAUAUGCACUGAUAAAAUCUGGUACUAUAAUGCAUGCAACCACUGCAAAUCCAGUGUCGAAGAAACGUAUGUGACUGUUGAAAAUGAGGAUGGUUCUGGUUGUUGUGAUGAGAAAAGGAUUGUCAUGUGUACAAACGCUAAAUGUAAAGGAGUUGAUAUUGUGUCCUUUCCUCGAUACAAGAUUCCUAUUCGCGUGCAAGACUCAUACGGCACCGUGACUCUUACACUAUUUGAUUUUGAGGCUUUUAAGCUUUUCAAAAAAACUGCAAAAGAGUUGGUUGAAGUGCAUAAUGAGGAGUUGGCUUCUGGAGGCGUUCCCAAACCUUAUCCGGAAUUGUUUGACAUUUUAGUUGGGAAAAAACUUGGUUUUAUCAUCAAUGUUUUAGAGUUUAACAUUAUACACCAAGUUGAGAACUACGGAAUCUCAAUGCUCACCUCUGAUCCGAAUAUUCUUGCUGGUCUCUACUCUAAAUUUAAAAUACAUGAGUAUGAGAACUCUGAAUCAACCGAGGCUCAACCUUCUGGAAUUUAA